AUGAUUUCUAGGUCUCCCUCCCCAGAGUUCUCACCACUAGCAAUAGGAAUUGAUCUCGCCCCCCUUCCUACCUAUAAAGCCGCAACAACCAGCACUGUAAACUUUUCCGGUCUUCUCGAACCCCCACUCAAGCUUCACGAAGAUCUUUCCAAAGGAUGUGGUGGUCAACUAUGGCCUGCUGGUAUGGUGCUUGGGCAGCAUAUGUUACGGUAUCAAAGAGAUUCUUUGAAAGAUGCUAGAAUACUCGAACUUGGGGCUGGUGGUGGUUUGGUGGGAUUAGCUGUGGCUCUUGCAUGUGAUCUUCAACAUCCAUUGAUACUUUCAGAUAUGGAAGUCAUGUUUGAACUUAUGAAGAGGAACGUUUCUCUUAAUGAACUCGAGUCGAAAGUUGAGCCGUUGAUUUUAAAUUGGUAUGUUAACCAGUGUUAUUCAUGGUAA